ACUAGUCUCUGUGAUUAGUUUUGUCUCCCUCUCUAUAUGCAGUUGAUCCACGGAAAAAACACGAAUUCUGACCGUUUACCCAGUGAGUGGGACUCGGAUUCCAAUUUCACAUAUCAAAUCUGGAAUUAAUACGGUUAGGUUUCGCCGAAUUGCUUGAGAACCCAUGGAUUUACAGAAGAAAAGGAUUCAGUUUCUGCUCUUCGUUGUUGGCAUCAUCGUUCUCAGUAUCACAGCUGAAAAAUGUCGGCAGCUGGUUGGUGAAGAGGCUUCCUCUAAGAGUGGGCAGUUUACUUUCUUAAACUGUUUUGAUGGGGGCUCCGGAACCGUAGCUUGCCUGGUGAAGGAAGGUGUAAAACUAUAUUUCUACAAUAUCAGAGCUUCUCAUGUUGAGAGGGCAAGGCAUCAAGCAAUUGAGAAAGCGCUGGUUGAUGCUAUGUCACAAGGCCUGGCUGCUACAGAUGCAGCGAAGCAAGCCCAGAAAGAAGGAGCAAAAGCUGCAAAACUUGCGACCCGACAAGCCAAGCGUAUCAUUGGCCCUAUCAUAUCCUCGGGAUGGGAUUUUUUUGAAGCAAUUUACUUUGGGGGCACAAUGACAGAAGGGUUCCUCAGGGGUUCUGGGACCUUGGUUGGCACCUAUGCUGUUGGGUUUCUUGGAGAGCAAAGGUUUGGGAGGUUUGGUUAUCUGGUGGGAAGCCAGCUGGGCAGUUGGGUUGGAGGAAGGAUUGGACUAAUGGUAUAUGAUGUGGUCAAUGGAGUACACUACUUUAUUCAAUUUGUCCAACCGGAAGAAACUAAACUUUAUGAAUCAACUGCUUUUGAAAGCACCGAAGCUUCUGAGGAGUCCUAUGUUAAUGAAACUCCUACAGAUUUCAGCUCUGAACCUUCUGAAGAUCCCAACAACUAUGAAUCUCCCGUUUAUGAGAGCUCUGAAGGGCAUGAAGAUCUUUAGAUGAGAAAACAGAACUGCUGGAGAUGACAUUCGAUGCGUGCUAGUUUUCAGAAAACAAAAUGAAAAUCAAGGAUUGAAAAUGAGAGGAAACAUUAGAAAAAUCUUCAAAGAAAAAACAUAAAAGGCUACAUAACGAGGCCUGUAGGCUGUAGUGAAUAUUAAAAAAAAGACUCUUUGAAAUAAAGACUCUUUCUCUCUCUAUUUUUUCUCUCGCUUCUCUCUACCCCCAGCCGCCCCCAUCGUUCUCUCCCUUUGUUUUGCUCCCCACCCCCUCCCAUGGGGGUGGGGAGGUGCCGAUCCUCGCCUCCCAACGCGUAAUAAAUUCAGCGUGUUGUAAAUAGUCGCUCGGUGGGUGGAUUUUUACGUUGUUUUGUUGUUGUUUUGUUAGAUCUGCUCCUGUUAAGCUUGUUUCUGGCUUGACGGGGUAGAUUUGCUUUUUGUUUCCGGCUAGAUCUCCGAUCUAUGUCGGGUUUUGUUGUCCCCGCCUCUUGUGCGGGGUUUGGGGGGUUUCUUCCCCGUCAGCAGCACCUUGUGGAUGCAGCCUUGAAGCAGUUGCCUUGACGAUGACCUGACCAGUGGGUUACUCCCGUUGCUGCUUUCCUCCCUUGGUGGUUUCCGUUGUUGCGUUGUUUCUCAACAAAGCUAGAGCCCGUUCUUCAGUUUUUAUUCUAUUGCUUCAUGAUUUAUUUGUCUUUGUACGGCCAUUUUUGGCGAUCUUUGUAGAUGCCGUAUGGCUGUUUUUCUUAUUGCGAGGGUAAAAAAAAUAAAAAAAGGCUGUAGUGAAUAUUGAAUUCUUGUUGUAUAUAAAAUGCUUUCCAACAACCAGCUGGUGGUAACACGAGUGUCACACAGAAGUAAUUAUAGCACACUGAUAUUACUAUAUCAAAUUGAAUCGGAUAGAAGGAAGCACUCAUGGCAUAAAAGAUGGAUAAAAGUGAUGAGAGGGAAAGAGUUGGGCAUAUGUUGCUAAUUAGAUGGAAAGGAUUGAAAGUAGUUGUACGUGGAGUCAAUUGUGCGGAUGGCUUUAUUGUAUAAAUAUAUAUAUUACUUGCAGUAUCAAUCAUUCUAUUUGCUAUGACUUGUGAUUUGAUACU